AUGAGCUUCAACCCCAUGCUCUGUACUUGCUCACUCCGCGCCGUGCAGCGCACAACCGCCAGUAACCCGAUUUCCUCGACCCUCUCAGCACGAACGUUAUCACAAUCCUCGCGCGUGUGCUUAGCUGCCGAUAUCUCGUUCAAGUCCAAACCCGAAACAAACAACAAGACAAGCCACGACCCAACUCCCGAGUCCAAGCCCAACGAAUCCCAAAAUGCUACCACCAACCCGCCCAGAAACGAAACCUCCUCCUCUGCCAACCCCGACGAAAAAGAACCAGGCCCCAUGACCCGCCGCCUCGCCCAAGCAACAGAAGAUGCCCUCCUAACGGGCGGCCGCGCCGGCCUCCGCGCGAUCGAAGAAGCCGGUUUCGACGAAGACCUGCGCAACCGGCUCCUCGCCAAAGUUGCCUCCGCAAAAUUCGCCUCCGAGCACGCCUCCGCGCUCUCUGAAGCCGGCCUCACUUCUUCCGGCCAGUCACGCACCCCGUCAUCAGCAGGGCAGGGAACACGAAGCAUCGCUUCUUCCCAAGCGUGGACAGGUGAGGAGUCAACAGAAGACGCGGUGUUGAGGAUGUUAAACGACGCGCACAAACCUCUUUCGCGCGAAGCGCGGGGUAAACCAAAGAUUCCUAGUCCGGUGGUGGAUAUGCGGAUUCAACGCGCCCCACAAAUGAGCGCGGGGAGAAGGGUAGCCAGCGCGAGAGAGAAGGCGGCUGCGUAUGUGGACUUGGAGUUACCCAAGGCUGAUACGAUGGGAUUGACGGAGGAGGAGAGGGAGGAGUUACGGAGGGAGUUUAGAGAGCGGUUCACACCGAUUGCGAGGGCGAUGCCGAAUACGGUUUCGGGACUGGCGGCGCUGGCGAAUGAACGCAUUGAGAACGCGAUUGCGAGGGGCCAGUUUAAGAAUAUUCCGAGGGGCGUGGGCGUGGAGAGGGAUGCGAGGGCUGAUAAUCCUUUUAUUGAUACUACCGAAUACAUAAUGAACAAAAUGAUCAAACGCCAAGAAAUCGUCCCCCCUUGGAUCGAGAAACAGCAAGAACUCAUCAAAACCGCUGAGUCCUUCCGCAAGCGUUUACGAAACGACUGGUUACGACAUGUCGCGAGGACGAUAUCCAGUCGCGGCGGUUCCUUGGAAGACCAAAUCCGGAGAGCCAACGAGUACGCCCGCGCCGAAGAGAUUCAUAACCCCCGACGACGAAACGUCGAUCAGAUAUCUGUACCGACGAACUCGACGGAGGACCCGGUCAUGGUUAAGAUCCGGCAGCAGACGCCGGGUGUUUCUUUAUCUGCUACUUCUACUUCUGCUGCUACUUCUGGGAAUCAUGAGUCAGCAACGACAACGACAACGACGGCUGACGAAACACCAUCACCAACACCAAAGACCCAACAAGAACCAGAUAUCUCCUUCACCAAACCCUUCCGCGACCCCACUUGGGAAUCCUCCGAGCGUUCCUUCCUCGAGCUCUCCAUCACGAACCUAAACACCAUCACGCGUUCCUACAACUUGAUGGCUCCGGAGCUAGCCAAGAAGCCUUAUUUCUCUUUGGAGCGGGAACUAAACAAUUGUUUCGCGGACAUGGCGCCGUUAGUUGCGCAGACGAUCAGAGACAGAGCGACGAGGCCGGCUGGGACCAAUAUCGCUGAUACGAUGGCGUUUAGGAAGCAGGAUGGGAUUUUGGGAAGGUUUACGGGUGAUGGUGGGAGCCAGAGGGUGUAUGAGAGGAGAGAGCCAAAGUAUGGGUUUAGGGAAUUUUGGAGGGAUUUGUGGAGGAAGGAUGGUAAAUAG